UGAAAGAAUAAAUGUGGCUUCAGCUGAAGUCGUCGUUAGGAGGAAAACAUUUAAAACACUUGUGAAAUCUGAAAUACUUUCAGAUUAGUUGGACGUCAGAAUGUCUUCAGAAGAGGAUUUCUCCCUGGUGUUGGAGGACACACAGCCAUCCGAGGACAGUCUGGAGGGAAUCAAGGCCAUGAUCGCCAAAUACAAGAAACAACACGAGGAGCUGCUGAACGAACAGAAGCACAUCGCCGACAGCAGAGACGACAUGCGGGGGCGCACUCAACAGUUCAGGGACCGCACAAUAAAACUGACAGAGAGUCUGAAGAGAGACAAGGACGACUAUGAAGAUCAGAUCGCUAACGAGAAGGCUAAGCUAGCGUCACUAAGGGAGGAGGAGGUCAAGCUGAUAGAGCAGCUGGAGAAAAUGGAUGCAGCCCUGAAGGAAGAGAAGGCCGAACACGACCUUCUGAAAGAGGAGACUGAGGUGUUCACCGCUGUACCAGAGAGGAGAGUCGUCUUCAAAGGAGCGACGGGGAAGGUGGACGAGUCCCAGUUUGAGAUGGAGUCGAGCAUAGUUUACCCGAUGGACGGCGGGACGGCUCUGAUUACGUUCGACGAAGAAGUUGUCGCCAAGAAGAUCCUGAGCUCGAGUACUCAUCAGGUCCAACUGGGUGAAGAGUGCAGAAUCACGGUGGAGGCCCGGCCCGUUCGGCUCAUGAUGCCCAGUCUGGUGGAGAUCGAGUCCAAGCCGUGUCCUAGACGCAUAUUAAUCUCCAACCUGCCCAAGAUGGACACUGAAUUUCUGCUGAACAAGCUGGAGAUCCACUUCUCCAAGACCAAGAACGGAGGCGGAGAGGUGGAGGACCGCGAAUUUCUGCCCGACUCUGGGACUGUGGUCCUCACCUUUCUGUCCGAAAAAUUUGCCAGAGGUUUGGUCGACAAGGAGUACCAUGAAGUGAAUCUACUUCCAGACAAGAAGAGUCACAGAGUGAGGGUCACCCCGUUUCUCAACGGAAAUGUUACAAACUUAAAGACUAAGAUGUUGAUGUGUCCUCGGACGCUGCUGCUGACGGGAAUUCCCGCCGUCAUGGAAACAGACACCCUGCAGGACCUGCUGGAAAUCCACUUCCAGAAAAGCAGCAACGGUGGAGGAGAAAUCACGGCCUUCCUCUACAACCCGCUGGGCCAGAAGACCUCGGCCCUGUUUAAGAGCGUGGCAGAAAAAAAAGAGGAGGAGUAGACUAUAGUGUAGCACUAGCCUAUGACCAGUCCACUCAGGUUAACGACAUUAUUAAGUACAAGUAUUGACUGGAGCCACCGCCUUAAAAAGUCAGUUUAAUUCUCUUUUUGGAUCCAAGUAAGAAUCCAGCACAGACCGUCUGUCAGGAUGGUUGUCAGAAGAAAUUGUGUUUGGUGGGUGUUUUUAACUUUUUGUCUGAAAAUAUAUAUUAUAUAUCAAUGCUCUUCAUCAUUUGACAGUCUUUAAAUCGUCAUCGUCAUCAUCCUCUUUGUAUUAUAUAUUAAUGGUGGCAGUAGCUCAGUCUGUAGGGACUUGGGUUUGGAACUGGAGGGUCGCUGGCUCAAGAUGAACAUGUGUGUUCAACAACAGUGUCAAAAUUGAAUCUUUGAAUGGUAUUAUUAUUAUUAUUUAAUCACAAGUAACUAAUGAAUCCAUACUGUUAGCACACAGCAUAUAUAACUGUUUCAGCUUGUACUUCAUGGAAGUGUAAAAGGUUUUUUCCUUCAGUGUGAUUAAAUAGUGAAGAUGAUAAA